GUAGAAUAGUCGAAGGACCGAGCUUUCCGUGUGUCAAAACGGUGUGUAAAUAGCAGAGAGAUAUGCCCACAUCUUUAUCUUGGCUAGGCAACGCCUUUCCGUUUUCAAAGCUCUUCAGGCAGCUUGAGGCUGAAAUGGAAACCGUGGUUAAAGUUCUGCAGCCUGGACCCUUGGGAAUUAUAGAGCACAAGUUCUCUGCUGAGGAGAUACGACACGCAAAUGCUACAGUUAACAGAGCAGUUGAGAAUUGGCGAAGAAAUGCAAACCUAGAUCAGGGAAACGUAGUUAUAAAGGAUUUUAUUCACAAGUGAGGACGGGUUGCUGUAUAUAGAAUGAUUGAUUGUAUAAGUCAAAUUUUGUAGAAUUUCUGAGCUCAAUUGUGAGUGCUUCGAAGUUUUAGAAUGUCAUUUCUAUCAACUUUAAAAUAAAUGUUUACUGGGUUACUUUUAUUUAGUAUUGGAGAUGACACAAUGUGCUCACAUCAGUAAAUAUAUAUAUUGUAAGACAUUCAAAUA